UCAAGUGAUUCGCGUACGCGUUAUCGGGCGAAGGAAGAAGGGCCAAAGGCACAGGGUUCGAAGAAAAGGAACAGCGAACGCAACGAGGACCUGAACGGGUCCCAAACAGCAAUCGCUGUGCAUGUCUCAAACCUCACUCUCAAGUUUUUCAACUUACAAAGCUCUGCCUACGUCCCUGAGCUGGAGGCGUGCGGCCGAUUCGUGUGCUGCGCGCAGAGGCUGUGCAGAAGCGGAAGUGCACCAGAGGAGGCUGAGCAACGAAUCAAUCGAGGUCGAAGGGGAGCACAGGCGGGCCCCGAAUUGGAGGGGCCCUCAGGCUCGGAGGAUGGCAUCCUUCCGAUCCCAGUCAGCCCUAGUCCAGCGUCUACGUCCUCGCAGGAGGAUGCCUGCAAACCACCCCCGCGCAAUUGCUACCGUUUGGUUAUGCUCGGUAGCGCGAGGGUUGGCAAAACUGCCAUUGUAGCACGAUUUCUGUCCAACAAAUUCGAAGAGAGUUACACACCGACGAUCGAGGACUUCCACCGAAAGCUGUACAGGAUUAAAGGCGAGGUCCAUCAGCUCGAUCUUCUGGACACGAGCGGCAACCAUCCGUUCCCCGCGAUGCGUCGAUUAUCCUUCCUAACAGGAGACCUGUUCGUGGUGGUGUUCAGUUUGGACUGUCGAGAAUCCUUCGAGGAGGCCAUCAGACUGCGUGAAUCGAUCCUGGAAACUAAAGUGAGCGCAACCCAAAGCGCGACCAAGAGCAGGAGCAAAAGUCACUUCAAUUUGAAGGUUCCUAUGGUCAUCGUCGGAAAUAAAUGUGAUAAGGAAACAAAAACAGUUACGAUAGAAGAGGCCGAGGAGUACUGCAACAGUCAAGACGAUUGCUGUGUUUUCGUGGAGGCAUCCGCAAAGAGAAAUUACCACGUGGAGGAGCUUUUCUAUCAACUGUUCAUAGUGGCCGGUUUGCCACUGGAAAUGGCGCCGAAUCAUCACAGAAAGGUCCCACUCACUUUCGGUUCUCCUACCAUGUUACCACCGUCACAGCCAAGGCAUAAAGCCACCCUGAGUAUAAAGCGACGGUUGAGCGACGCCUGCGGCGUCGUGGCGCCCAACGUGCGUCGGCCAAGCAUCAGAACGGAUCUAAUGAUCAUGAGAACGAAAACGUGCUCCCUUGCAGCCGGGAAUGAGAACAACGCGCCGGGAUCGAGGAUAACCCUGCGUACCUCCGACGCCAGAAAGACGUGUUCCAUUCAGUGAUAUCUCUCGGAGAUCCUCUCGAAACUGAAUUCGAAACGAUGGGUCUGGAAUUCGAAGGACGAUCCUCGCCAACGAACACGAUUCUCUCGAACGACGCGGUCGUUAUAAUAUAUCGAGUAGAAGGAAUUGUUCGUUCCACUUUUAACACUCGUUUGACAAAGAAACGUUUAAACGAUGUUUUGUUGAUUCCAUGGAGAAUCGGAGACAAAGAAAAUUAUACGAUGGCAAAUUAACGUUCCUUCGAAAGAACGGCAAGAAAACGCGAGCAAACAUUGCGUUUUUAUUGCGUCGGCCGUGGUGUAUCGCGCGUAACAGAGUUGGCAUGGACGAAGAGUCGUAAGCGAGAAUCGUCGAAACGAAGAAAACGUUUAAACCGACCACGCUGCUCGCCUUAAUUAAUUAAAGAAAUAGCUCUAGCAUAGCGUUCCGGGAAUAACGUAUAUUACUAAAAUAAGAUACGAUCGCUGAGGACCGAUCGUUGGAUCGAUCGACCGACGUCGAUCAGAAAACGAAAGAGUUCGGCGUAAUCGCGGAUGAAACGAAAGGGAGACCCUUCCCGUGAUAACUCUGGAUCUUUUGGUGCGCUAUCGGAACAGUCGACCAUUUACAUUCCUAAUCAAAGCAAUUAAAUCUUCUUUUACCUAUCGAGCCUUCGCACCGACGAACUUAACGAAUUAAACAAUUCUUGGUUGGUAGAUCGAGACGAACGAUCGCCAAUGAAAGAUCGUAUAGCGAGAAUUUCAAACCCAAGAUCGAUGUAUCCUUCGUAGUUUGUUGAAAUGGUCGACUGAUCGUGACACUUGGAUUCUAUUUAAGCAUGAUUGUUAAGCCGACACGAACCAAAUACCGUAUACGUGUAUAUAGUUAAUUUAUUCGUAUGAAACGAGAUGGCACACUAUUGUACCGAACAUGUACGAGCAUUGGAUGCGUUGAUCAAUCAUAGCAAACUUUUGAAUCAUUUUGAAUAUCGUUCAAAUUUGAACAAUUGCCGACAUUUAUCUUCGUCCAGUUACAUUGAGCCGAGAUUCAAUUUAGAAGUUUUCAGUAGUAAAACUAAAGCAAAAUUUUCUUAACGGAGAAAUGAAAGAGCGAAAUAAAUGAUUAAAAUUCGAUACGCUUCCGAAGCUGUUUAAUCUUCGACGACACAGCAACACGGCGCACACGCGUGAUUGCUCGACAUUGAAAAAUUGUAACUGUAAUAAUCAAAGCGCAUAGAAACAACAUAUGUACGAGAGACGCAUCUUUUCGUAAAACUCACCCCUAAUUUUCGGACCAAAAAAACGUUUCGUUCUCUUGUAAUAAACACGUAAACAAUA